AUGCUGGCUGCUCGCUCUUUCGCCGCCCCUGCGCGCCAAUGCCUGCGCCAGGCCAGGACGCCCGCGUUCGCACAGGUGAGCUCUCACGCUGCAGUCGGCGGCUUUGGCGGACAUUCUGCGUUCCGCUCCUACGCCUCGGCGCCCUCAGAGGUCGCCAAGUUCAAGGGCGCCAAGGGCAACGAUGGCAAGUACACCGUCUCGUUCAUUGAGGGUGACGGUAUCGGCCCUGAGAUUGCGCAGUCGGUCAAAGAUAUCUACUCGGCCGCGAACGUGCCCAUCAAGUGGGAGACAUGCGAUGUCACACCCCGCCUGAACCCCGACGGCAAGACGGUCAUCCCCGACGAGUCCAUUGAGAGCAUCAACAGGAACUACGUUGCCCUCAAGGGUCCCCUCGCGACACCCAUCGGCAAGGGUCAUGUUUCGCUCAACCUGACACUCCGCCGCACCUUCAACCUCUUCGCCAACGUCCGUCCCUGCAGGUCGAUCGAGGGCUUCAAGACCCCCUACGACAACGUCGACACCGUCCUGAUCCGUGAGAACACCGAGGGCGAGUACUCCGGUAUUGAGCACGUUGUCGUCGAUGGCGUCGUCCAGAGCAUCAAGCUCAUCACCCGCGAGGCCUCAGAGCGCGUCCUGCGUUACGCCUUCCAGCACGCCCGCGACAUUGGCAGGAAGAAGGUCCGCGCUGUCCACAAGGCCACCAUCAUGAAGAUGUCGGACGGUCUUUUCCUGAGCACCGCCCGCGAGCUCGCCAAGGAGUACCCCGACAUUGAGUUCGACGCUGAGCUCCUUGACAACACCUGCUUGAAGAUGGUCACCGACCCUCUUCCCUACAACGACAAGGUCCUCGUCAUGCCCAACUUGUACGGAGACAUUCUCUCCGACAUGUGCGCCGGUCUGAUCGGUGGUCUUGGUCUUACUCCUUCUGGAAACAUUGGUGACGAGUGCUCCAUCUUCGAGGCUGUCCACGGAUCCGCCCCUGAUAUCGCUGGCAAGCAGCUCGCCAACCCCACUGCGCUCCUGCUUUCCUCCAUUAUGAUGCUGCGACACAUGGGUCUCAACGCUGAGGCCGCCAACAUCGAGCAGGCCAUCUUCAAGACCAUUGCUGCUGGCAAGUACAUCACUGGCGAUCUCGGCGGCAAGGCCAAGACCUACGAGUACACUGAUGCUGUCAUCAAGGCCCUGAAUUAG